GAACAUCAAGCCUCAGGUUUUGCGACAUCUUCAGCUUGUCGCCUCAACUCCUUCCAACUCAAAGCUGCCACAACUUAACUGCAGACCUGACAAGGAAGACAGGCGCAGCUCUCGGGGCAUCACCUGCACAACUUUACCGCUAUUCUCCCUGCCCCUCAAGACCAUCAAUCCUUCAAGCUUGCACCCGGCGCGGCACAGCCCUUCCUUUCCGUUCGUCUCGCUCCCGGAGACAGCAACGAAAUUUGCUGUGUCCUCUUCCGAGCUCUGCGUAUAAAGGCGACGAUUCCCCUCCUCCACCCUCCCACUGUGUCACCUUGCUCCUACGCCGUCCCCUCCGUUCCACCCACUCCACGAUCAUGGCGCUCAUAUCCGCCAAGACGAUCUUGACCUCUUUGUCGCUUUUCCAUAUCACCCUGGGUUUCUUUCUCUUGACCAACCCUGGCACAAUAGCCGACCAGGCCUUGGUCCUCAUGCUCGGCGAAGCCACUGGCAUGUCGUAUGAGCGCAGCUUCGAGGCACGAUCCGCCAGCCUUGCCUUCCUGGGCAUCGUCCUGGGCAUCUGGGGCUUCACGGAUCUCGUCACCCUCAGCAUGCCAGAAGAGAUUUCUCUGAUUCACCACUGGGGAGUUCAAGCACCCCUCCGCUUCCUCGUCAGCUUCCUCCUCCUCCUAUAUACCUUCUUUUCCAGCUCCUCCAGCCCUUUCUACCGCGCCGACACUUCCCGCGGCUGGAUGUCCCACCCAAUCGCCCACGCCUACAAUCCCAACUACCAGCCCUCGGGCUGGGGCGGCGAGGAGCUCAAGAACCGCGUCUUUUUCGUCUUCAUCUUUGUCGAGACCAUGAGCUGGCUAUGGGCCUGGGUCACGCUAAGGGAGGACACCAGGGAGCUGAUGAUCAGGGCGGCGAAGAGGAGGGGGAGCCAGAGCUGGAGAUGAGGGCGUUUUCCCGAGUUUUGUUCAGGUGGGGCCGAGAACCAAAAACACUCGUUCGUUGGCAGACGCCGAGCUUUUCAGCGCAUGCUGAUCUAUAUCAUGGGAUACUGCGAAGUUUGAUUGGUACCGAGCUUCGGUCGGCCGCUUGGAACAGGAUGGGUAUAGGGACGUGCGCAUAGAAUUGUAAAGGGACGGUAAAGGCAUUACUGGAUCAGGGUUUACUAGGGCUGGAUGGGUUUGCAUCACAAGAAGUUUAUUGAUUCUUUCCAUCUGCACGAAAAUGGGACUACGUCGGCUCGGCGGUCAGGAUGGACGAGUAUCACACGGCAAGGACCGCUCUCUUACCUAAGGAUAUACCCAAUUCACGGCGCCAAUAUGAUUAC